AUGGACGCCUUCACUGCUGUUUUCACCACCCUUACCUCUUCUGUCGCCGCCAACGUCGAGGCCCCCCGCAACGAGGAGGCUUACGGUAGCGGCGGAGGUAUCACCUACUCUUGUGUCAUCGCCUAG